AGUGCUCUCGGACCAUGGCCGAUAUCGAAAAGGGCAAGCCCCUGGCUGGGGAACCAUUGACUACAGUGGAGAUAUCCUCCGACGAGUCCUACGAGAUCGAAAAGCGUGACUCGGUGCUAUGGAAGAUUGUGAGAUGGUGUCGCGCCGAAGAGACUGGCGUUGAGCGCGUUACGGACGACAUGAAGACCAACCAUUCUCCAUACUCUAUAGGGAUACUUUGGAUGGCCAUCAACAUGGUUCCUCUUGGGUGCAACAUCGGCAUGCAGGGGAUUACCUACUACGGCAUGGGCUGGUGGGACUCAUUCUGCUGUAUCCUGUUCUUCAACAUCAUCGGUGUCCUCCCAGUUGCCUACAUGAGCACUUUUGGUCCUGCCUUUGGCAUGCGACAGAUGGUCUUGACCAGGUACUUCGUCGGCUUUCAAGUCAUGCGAUUAUUCGCCGCCAUCAAUGUGCUGACCUGCAUCGGCUGGUCGAUGCUCAACGACAUUUCUGGCGCCAACCUACUUCAUACGCUCGGCAAUGGUGCCUUGCCACCUUAUGCUUGCAUCUUGAUUUCAGCCAGUUGUACCAUGGUCAUCACGAUGAUGGGAUACAAGGUCAUCCACAAAUACAUGUCUUGGUUUUGGGUUCCCACUGUCAUCAUGAUCAUCAUCUUCAUUGCCCGGAUCGGUAUGUCACACUCCUUCUCGACCGGCACUAUGGCUGCUGGCUCGGCCGAGGCAGGUGCAGUUCUUUCAUAUGGUGCGGCCUUGGUCGGCAAUGCCUCCGGCUGGACACUGUUCGCCUGCGACUACAGUCUGUACCUUCCCAAGACCACUUCCAAAUGGAAGUUGGGAGCGUCGGUGUACGCUGGCAUCUUCUUCACUACCAUGUUCCUCCAGUUGACGGGUCUGGCUGCGGCUGCCUGCACCUUCACCAACGAGUACUAUGCACAAAUGUACGAAGAUUAUGGAGCUGGAGGGUUGUUUUACGGCUUCCUCGUACACGACUCAUUGCACGGCUUUGGAGAGUUUGUGAUUGUGAUGCUCUUCCUCUCCUUGGUCGCCUGCAACGUGGCUUGCGUCUACUCGGCAUCGCUGUCUGCCCAAGCCAUCUGCUCCCAAUUCAGGGUCCUGCCACGAUUCUUCUGGGCACUUCUCGCCAAUCUCGUGGCCUUGGGCGUCAGCAUUGCGGCAUACUACAAGUUCGACGAAGUCCUGAAUGACGUCCUGGGCAUGAUCGGUUACUUUAUAACUCUGUAUGUCGGCAUUUUCCUCUCGGAACAUCUGAUCUAUCGACGAAAGCUUGGUUACAACCUUGAGUCGUACCAAGACGCGAAGAAGAUGCCAGUCAGCUACGCAGCCUUGUUCGCCUUUUGCUGCGGAGUAGCUGGCGCGGCGGUGGGCAUGUACGAAGCCUGGUGGAUAGGCCCUGUGGCCAAGGAUGUUAGUUCGGUCUUUCCAGGCGAUCUGGGCUUUGAGCUGGCCUUCUGCUUCGCCUUUAUCGGACAUGCAUCAACCCGGUGGAUCGAGAUCAAGUAUUGGGGAAUGUGAAUGGUGUGCUACGCGCGAAUGUCUUGUUGAAGGCCAGCUUUGCCUGGCGUCACUGUUGAUGUUGAGAAACAACCUGGCAGCUAGACAACAAGGAAAUGUAUCAGAUUCAGAACACGUUAUGCUAGUAUACGUACAAAUAUGUUUCCCAGAGAACGUGUUUACGAAAGUAUGGGAUUGCG